AAUUGAAAAAUAAUUUUCAAUUGAAAAAAGUUAUCUAUAAAAUGAAAUAAAACAUUUGCUAUACAUUCAACAUUCAUAUUAUAUAUAUUUAGCCCAAUUUCUGAACUUAAUGGAUACCAUGGUGUUUGGUUUGUUUGUUUGUUUGUUACAAAUUAUUUCAGUCAUCGUCAGCUCAAGUGUCAAGAAUUGUAAUAUUUGCCAUGUGACUCAAGACUUCCCCACACAGCAGCUGCACAACACCGUUAUCUCUCAUCUCUACUGAUCAACCAAAGCCUCCGAUUCAUUCCUGCAGUUUCACCAAAAACAUUUCAGACAAAAGAAAAAAAACAAAAAUGGCAGCCUGUUAUAUUUUCAUAAGGACGCCAUAUUCUGCAGAGCCCAAAAAUUCACACUCGACUCGGUCCAUUUUUUUAAUGGAAAAACUGAUCGAGCAACAAGAUGUUUGUGGUUAUGUGUGUGUGUUUGUUUAUGAAGAAUAGCACCUUUGAAUUGCCCGGCCCCCCUUGAAAAAAACCCUGACACUUCCGACAAUCAUGCCGUGCAAAAAUGUCUUACAAUUUGCGAAACGCUGCACACGGCUGUGUAAUUUUACAAUAUCUGCCGCCCCGAUCGCUUUAUAACAGCGCACACUGAAUACACAUUGAAACCGUUAGUACAUGCAUGCACAAUGCAAUCAAAUAUUGUCAUUUUUAAUGUUAUAUUUCGCUUUGUGCAACCUGUAGUAGAUCAGUCGCGCCCGUCGAACAGCUAUGUGUCAUACAAUGCAGUAAUGUGCACGAUAGCUCCGUGAGGGAAAAAGGAAAAAGACGCCAUGAGCGCACAAACCUUUUAUAUCGAUGUCAGAGUGUUUUUUCCUCGCAGGAGAGGCUUUAAUAAAGCAGAGAAGAGGCUGGAUGUUCUCUAUGCGCCUCCAGACAGCACAGCUUCCGGAUACUCUGUCAGAGUGAGGCAGAAGGUGGAUGCCACAAAUGCUGACAUGAAGCAGAGUUGGAGUAUUUCAUGUUUUCAUCAAUUUGUAUUUAUGCUAUUUAUAGCCUUCCAAUGCCAAUGCCAAACUAAAAUUCCACCCAUGACAGAUGGACGUUGUUCAAAAGGAUAUUACAAAUCAGGACAGGACUGUGUGAAGUGUGCGAGUGGUUUUUAUACUGAUUUACCAAAUAAUCUGAAACAUUGUUUGAGAUGUAUAGCAUGUGAUAGCGGUGCUAAUGAAGUAGAGAAUGCCACCUGUACACCAACACAGAACAGAGUCUGCGUUUGUAAACCUGGGUUUUACAAGAGUAAUGUUUACUGUAAACCCUGUAGUAGUUGCCAAAACUGCACAGAAUGUUUGAACUGUAAAAAGAAUUGUAAACAAGAAACCAUUCAAACCAAAAUAGAAGUUAUUAAAACCACAGCAGUAGUGUGUGAGCAGGGAUCUUUUCUGGAAAGUGGACAAUGCCAAAGCUGUGUUAAGUAUAAGUGUAAGAAUGAACCCUGUAAAUCUUUUUGUUCACCUACCACAGCUGAACCACAAGAUUUACCUAAAUCGCUGUCGUGGGUGUUACUGGUCAUUGUGACCUUGCUGGGUUGUCUCCUCUCUCUUCUUCUCAUCUGGCUCUGCAGUCGGAGAUGGCUUUGCUGUCGAGCCAGAAUCUGGAAUGUUAGAAAACAUCCAAACCUUCAGAUUCAACCAGAUCAACCUAACGAUGUAAUCAGCAUUCCCACAGCAAUGGAAAGAAAUGGAGCCACAAUUAAAACUUUACCAGUGACAAGCUACCCACACAGGGUCCUCAGUGGAGAUUUACAGAGCAUCAUGGCCCCCCUGAUAGCAAACGGAAACCCAAAAUUGAUGCAGGUAUUGCAGAAGGAGUCCUGGCCAGCACCAGUGCUCUACACUGUCAUAAGAGCGAUUCCUGUGAUGCGCUGGAAGGAAUUUUUGCGAAUGCUUUCUGUGUCAGAUGAUCAGAUGGAACGGAUCGAACUGGAGGCAGGCCCAUCCUAUCUAGAAAAGCAGUAUCAUAUGCUGCGUCUGUGGAGUCAGAGCAGUGGCGCGAAGAUGGAGAAUAUCUACUCAACAUUACACUACAUGAACCUGUCAGGCUGUGCCCAGGAACUGCAAGAGAAGCUAGAACAAUUGCAAGCAAGCAUGUAAAACUGACUCAUCUUCACUCCAUCUCCUCAUGCGUGUAAGCUGAAGUUGCAUUUCACAAUCAUUUCCAAGGGACUCUUGACUUCUGAGCAGGAAACCCUCAGUCAUGGUUAAAAAUAUUCUUUGUGAAUUGUUCUAUUUAAGCAUAAUGUAAAAGUAAUGCAGAUUAUUAUGCAUAUCAUAGGUGCUUUGUAAUAACUUAUUACAAUUCUUGUUCUUGGUUAUAUGAAUUAGCCUUGUCACUAUACAUGUACAAAUGUGAAUAUUUAAAGAAUAAUUUACCAAUUUAAAACUUUGUUUCAAUUUUAGCAUCCAUCAGCUACACUCUUACAAAUAAAGGUGCUUCACGAUGCCAUAGAAUGGUUAAAAUGGUUCCAUAAAGAACCUUUAACAUCUGAAGAACCUUUCUGUUUCACAAAAGGUUCUUUGUGGCAAAAGAAGGUUCUUCAGAUU